AUGCCUCGCCAUUAUCGUUCUGGCCUUGAGCUGCCUCGACGCUCGUUCGUCGCUGUCUUUUCUUUGAUUUCGUUCGUGCUGCUUGUCACCAUCGGCCUCUCCCAGCUCGGAGCUCGACAAGGCCCCACCCUACAGUUUGAACGUAAUGCCAAGGGAGAGUGGCAUGCCAAAGCCAAGACGCGUGCCGCGCCGGCGGGCGAUAAGUACCUCCUCGGUGUUGGCAAGGCUGACAUCACCGGCCCUGUCGUCGAGGUCGGCUUUGCAGGAUACGCCGAUCUAAGCCAGGUUGGGACCGGCUUAAGACAGCGUAUUUACAGCCGUGCGUUCAUCGUCGGCGAUGUGAGCAAGCCGAGCGAUCGGUUCGUGUAUCUUGUGCUAGAUACCCAGAGUGGUGACACUGCCGUUCGAAAAGGCAUUCUCGAGGGGGUUGCGGCUCUUGGAUCUGGAUACUCUGUGUACACCAAGGACAAUGUUGCCGUGACGGGCACUCAUAGCCACGCCGGUCCAGGAGCUUGGUUCAACUACCUUUUGCCGCAGGUCACCAGCUUGGGUUUCGACAAGCAGAGCUAUCAGGCUAUUGUUGACGGCGCGGUUCUCUCCAUCCAAAGGGCGCACGAGUCUCUGACAGAGGGAUACCUCGACAUCGGAACCACCGAAGUCACUGACGGCGCCAUCAACCGCAGUCAAUGGGCCUACCUGAAUAACCCCGCGGCAGAGAGGGCCAAGUACAGCGCCAGUACUGACACAACCCUGACCCUACUCCGCUUCCAACGCGCUUCCGAUGGCAAGAACUUGGGCGUCCUUACGUGGUACCCAACCCACGGCACGUCGAUCCUCCAAAAUAGUACGCACGUUGCGGGCGACAACAAGGGUGUCGCUGCGUAUCUUCUUGAGAAAGACCUCGCGAGCGACGCGAGCGCUGCGCCGGGAUUCGUGGCCGGCUUCAGCCAGGCGAAUGUUGGUGAUACGACACCCAAUGUGCUCGGCGCCUGGUGCGAUGAUGGUUCCGGACAGCAGUGUAGUCUGGAGAACAGCACCUGUGCUGAUGGCAAGAGCCAGUCGUGUCAUGGAAGAGGACCUGCAUUCCAGAAGCUGGAUCUGGGUAUCUCGAGUUGCUACGAGAUUGGACGUCGGCAGUAUGCUGGCGCCAAGUCUGUCUAUAAUGCUCUUGCUACAUCCUCCACCCCCAUCACUGGCACCAGCGUCAAGUCUUUCCACUUCUUCCAAGAUAUGUCCUACUUCAAGUUUCCCCUUGCAGACGGUACCACCGGCCAGACCUGUCCUGCCGCCCUCGGCUACUCCUUCGCCGCGGGAACCUCUGACGGCCCCGGCGCCUUCGACUUCACCCAGGCCGACUCUGGCACCCCCGAUGCCAACCCCCUCUGGGCGGUCGUCUCCGGUCUCCUCAAGGCGCCCAGCGCAGAGCAGGCUGCCUGCCAACAGCCAAAGCCUGUGCUGCUGGACGUCGGCGAGAUGAGCGCCCCGUAUGCUUGGAGCCCUAACACUGUCGACAUACAGAUGCUUCGCGUCGGGCGGUUGGUCAUCAUCAUAGCGCCUGGCGAGGCCACAACGAUGAGCGGGCGGAGAUGGAAGGCUGCUGUCAAGGAAGCCGCAGAGAGUAUCAUUGACGAGGAGCCCCUUGUUGUCCUUGGUGGCCCAGCCAACACCUAUGCCCACUACAUCGCAACUCCAGAAGAGUACGCCAUCCAGCGGUACGAAGGCGCUUCGACCCUCUUCGGACCCAACACUCUCCCGGCCUACAUCAACCUCACCGUCUCCAACAUCGCCUACCUCUCCCCCUCCUCUACAUCCACACCGGCAGCAGGUCCCUCGCCCCCAGACAACCGCGACAACUCCCUCUCCUUCAUCACCGGAGUCGUCUUGGACGGCACGCCGGCGGGCCGCUCCUUUGGGCAGGCCAUUGUCCAACCAUCGGCGUCGUACACGAGCGGCGCGGUGGUCAACGCCACGUUCCAGGCGGCGAACCCGCGGAACAACCUGCGGCUCGAGGGGACGUACGCCGCGGUGGAGCAGUUGCAGAGCGGCAAAUGGGUGCAGAUCAGGACCGACGCGGAUUGGUUCCUUGUGUAUACGUGGACGAGGACGAAUUUCCUGCUCGGGUAUAGCGAGGUUGUGAUUAGUUGGGAGACCGGGGCCAGUGAUGGGGCUGGGCCGGGAACGUAUCGGAUCAAGUAUUAUGGUGAUUCGAAGCCUUUGAUUGGGAGUAUUUCGGCGUUUGAGGGGACGAGUGGGAAUUUUACGUUGGUUUAG